AUGGCUGCUGAGGAGGUACUGCAGACAGUGGAGGAUUACAAGGCUGAGAUUGAGAGACUGACCAAGGAGCUGAGUGAAACCACCCAGGAGAAGAUCCAGGCUGCAGAGUAUGGGCUGGUGGUGCUGGAGGAGAAGCUCUCAUUGAAGCAGCAGUAUGAUGAACUGGAGGCUGAAUAUGACACCCUCAAACAGGAGCUGGAGCAACUCAAGGAGGCAUUUGGACAGUCCUUCACCGUCCACCGCAAAGUUGCAGAAGAUGGCGAGACCCGAGAGGAGACUUUACUGCAGGAGUCUGCAACCAAGGAAGAGUAUUAUUUGGGUAGAAUACUGGAAAUGCAGAACGACCUGAGGCAGAGUAAGACUGUGGUAACCAACGUUCAAGGAGAGAACGAGCGCCUCAAUGUCCUUGUCCAGGACCUAAAGGAGACAAACGAAAUUUUGGAGCUGCAGAGGAUGAGGAUGAAGGAAGAGAUCCGAGAGUACAAGUUCCGAGAAGCCAGACUCCUCCAGGAUUAUACAGAGCUGGAGGAAGAGAACAUCACAUUACAGAAACUAGUGUCCACCUUAAAGCAAAACCAGGUGGAAUAUGAAGGCCUGAAACAUGAGAUUAAGCGAUUUGAGGAGGAGACAGUGCUGCUGAACAGUCAGCUGGAAGACGCAAUUCGAUUGAAGGAGAUCGCUGAACAUCAGCUGGAAGAAGCCCUGGACACCUUGAAAAAUGAGAGAGAACAAAAAAUUCAUCUCAGAAAAGAACUCUCCCAAUACAUAAAUAUCAACGACAGCAUGUAUAAUAACCACAUUAAUAUUACAGUAGAUGGACUGAAAUUCUCUGAGGAUGGAGAAUCCAAUAAUGAGGACAAAAUGAAUGGACACAUCCAUCCCCCUAUUGUAAAACUGAAUGGCGACUAUCGGACUCCUGCAGUUCGAAAAGGGGAGUCGCUGCAUCCUGUUUCUGAUCUUUUCAGUGAGUUGAAUAUUUCGGAAAUGCAAAAACUCAAACAGCAGCUUAUUCAGGUGGAACGGGAGAAGGCUAUAUUGCUAACCAACCUGCAAGAGUCUGAGACUCAGUUGGAACAUACAAAAGGAGCCUUAACUGAGCAACAUGAGCGGGUUCAUAGACUUACAGAACAUGUGAACACAAUAAGGAGGCUUCACAGUGGCAAAGAGUUGGACUCUGAUAAAGCUAAAGUUUCAGAAGAUGAAACCCAUGACUAUGAAAUAGAUAUCAAUGGACUGGAGAUCUUGGAGUGCAAAUAUAAAGUAGCAGUAACCGAGGUGAUAGACCUCAAAGCUGAACUAAAAGCCUUAAAAGAAAAAUACAAUAAACAUAUAGAGAGCUACACAGAGGAGAAAUCAAAGUUGGACUCGAGAAUCCAGAUGUAUGAUGAACAAGUAACAGGUCUUGAUAGGGCAAGUAAGGAAAGUGGAGAAAAACUACUUGUUAUGGAGAAGGAGCUUCAGAUUAUGACUGCUAUUGCAAAUGAAACCCAUAAUACCCUUAAUACUGCUCAAGAUGAGCUAGUGACUUUUAGUGAAGAACUAGCCCAACUCUACCACCAUGUUUGUCUCUGUAACAAUGAAACACCAAAUAGAGUUAUGUUGGACUACUAUAGGCAAAGUAAAGUAACUCGCACUGGAAGUUUAAAAGGUCCUGAUGACCCUCGAGGACUACUUUCACCAAGGCUAGCUAGGAGAGGUUUGGCUUCUCCACUUGAAGCGAGAAGUCCGUCUGAACCAGUACCAAAUGAUAGCAUAGAAUCCAGCAAAGAACCAACCCCUCAGAAGUCUGCUACUGUAUCCCCUGUCAUCACUGCCCCCCCAUCCUCCCCUGUAUCUGACGCUAGCGAUAUUCGUAAAGAGCCAAUGAACAUCUACAACCUCAAUGCCAUUAUCAGGGAUCAAAUCAAACACUUACAGAAGGCUGUGGACAGGUCCUUACAACUGUCACGUCAGCGAGCUGCAGCAAGAGAACUAGUGAACAUGAUUGAUAAAGACAAAGAAGCCUUAAUGGAAGAGAUUCUCAAACUGAAGUCUCUGCUUAGUACCAAACGAGAGCAAAUAGCAACCCUCAGAGCAGUAUUAAAAGCAAACAAACAGACUGCAGAAGUAGCACUUGCAAACUUAAAAAAUAAGUAUGAAAACGAGAAGACCAUGGUAACUGAAACGAUGAUGAAACUACACGAGCUGAAGGCAUUAAAAGAGGAUGCUGCCACCUUCUCAUCACUAAGAGCCAGGUUUGCAACCAGAUGUGAUGAAUAUGUGACACAGCUAGAUGAAAUGCAGAGACAGCUGGCAGCCGCGGAGGAUGAGAAGAAGACUUUGAAUUCUCUAUUGAGGAUGGCAAUCCAGCAAAAGCUAGCGCUCACGCAGAGAUUGGAAGAUCUAGAGUUUGACCAUGAGCAAUCCUGGCGUACCAAAGGCAAGACAGGAAAAACCAAGAUCGGUAGCCCCAAAUUUCUUGUAGAUUGUCAGCAGCCUGCUGCCUCACCGCCACACUGCUCACAACUAACCCGGCGGCUAGACUGCCCGACCGCCAGUCCUAAUUUAGCACUUCAACAAGAGAAAACGCAUUCCAACCCACAGUGCUCCCCUCUCAACUGUCUCUCCAAAACACCACCAGACCCAUAG